AUGGCAGUAAGACUCAUAUUACCUGCUCUUGUGCGGUCCCAAAUCCGUCAUGGAUCUGCUAACAGCAGCAUUAUACCCUUGAUUUCUCGUUCCCGUUUGAAUCAUCUCCAUCACAGAAACACCUACCAACUCCAUCCACUCUCAGCCCAGUCUAGAAGACACAACUCUUCCAAAACCACUCCUGAAAACGGAAAAACUAACGAGGACAAGUCGUCAGCUACUGCCACCCCGGCUCCCACCGAAGUGGCCAAACCUUCGCUUUGGGACAAAGUCAAGCACGAAGCUAAACAUUACUGGGAUGGUACCAAAUUGCUUGGUCUUGAAAUUAAGAUUUCUUCCAGAUUGUUGAUCAAGUUGUUGACCGGUUACGAGCUUACCCGUCGUGAAUUCAACCAGUUGAAGCGUACCACCUCUGAUUUGGUCCGUGUCGUUCCAUUUGCCAUGUUCGUGAUUAUCCCAUUUGCUGAAUUAUUACUCCCAAUUGCCUUAAAGCUUUUCCCAAACAUGUUGCCUUCAACUUACGAAUCAACUGCUGACAAGGAAAAGAAAUUGAAAUUGUUGCGUAAGACCAGAAAAACUGUUUCCGAUAUUUUGAUUGAAUCGGUCGAUAAGACCGGUGUUAGAUUACCUGCAUCUUUUACUCCAGUUCAAAAGGCACAAUUCCAAGAAUUUUUCACCAAGAUCAAGUCUGCUACCGAUAGACCAACCCGUGAUGAAUUGUUGAACGUUGCUAGAACUUUCAAGGAAGACAUGGUUUUGGAUAACUUGUCCAAACCACAAUUGGUGGCCAUGGCUAAAUAUAUCAACUUGAAGCCAUUUGGUACUGACCAAAUGUUGCGUUACCGUAUCCGUUACCAAAUGUUGCAAAUCAAGGCCGAUGAUAAAGCCAUUGACUUUGAAGGGGUAGAAGCUCUUACCGUUCCGGAGUUACAAUUUGCAUGUGCUUCCCGUGGUAUCAAGAACCAUGGGGUUGCUCCAACAAGAUUGAGAGAUGAUUUGCAAAUCUGGUUAAACUUGAGAUUACGUGAAAAGAUUCCAUCCACUUUAUUGUUAUUAUCCAACGCUUAUACCUAUGGUGAAUUGAGUUCCGUUAGUAACUUGUAUGACGCUUUGGAAACUGUGUUAAGUAGUAUUCCAAAUGAAUUGAUCCACGAAGCUCAAAUCGAUAUUGCACCAAGAAAAGAAGUCAGUAAUACUGAAAGAUUGAAUGUGAUUAAGGAACAAGAAGAAUUAAUCAAGUCUGAAAUUCAACAAGAAAAGGACAGUGGUCUGAUUAUUCAAGUUAAAGAUACUUUGAAAUUGGAUGAAGUUCCUCCUCAACCAUCUCCAGAAGCUAAGGAAGAAGUAAAAAAAGAAAAAAAUGCCUGA